GUCGGCCGAUUUAAAUUUCUUUAUAAUUUGUUCCAACCUCGUGUCAUGUAUGCGGAUGGAAUUUAAAUUUCCAAAUCGAUGUCGCCACUUGUGGCACAAUGCGUUGAAAUACAAAAGCAAUAGCAGAAACAGCCCCCCGCCAUAAAAAUGGGAGCUUCUAAACCUAAUUCAGACCAAAAAAAAUAACAACACCAUGAAACCACCUCUUUUCUCCCCCUCUCCUCUCGACUCAUCUUUCUGUCCCUAAUAAACACAAUUGAAAGAUGGCUUCGUUCACAGUGCCGUCUUCGAGUUCGUUAUCUCCGGCUUUUUUCUGUGGCAGUUCCCGGACUUUGGUCUCCAAGCGAACCUUCCAUUUCCCUUUAAACGGAGUCAAAUGUGAGCUCACUGAACCCAUAAAUGGAAUGGAAAUUGUUCCAGUCCUAACCAACGGAACACCUUCAAAGUUCUUGCAUUCAAGACGCCAAAAAAAUGCUGUUAAAAGUGAUGAAACUAGCCCAAAAAUAUUCUCUGGCCUUUCUAAUCCAAACCUUUCUCAGGAAAUUGCCUGGUAUAUGGGCCUUAACCUGGGAAAGAUCCAUAUUAAGAAGUUUGCAGAUGGUGAAAUUUAUGUGCAGCUACAAGAGAGUGUUCGAGGCAGUGAUGUCUACUUGGUGCAGUCCACCUGUCCUCCAGCCAAUGAAAAUCUUAUGGAGCUUCUGAUAAUGAUAGAUGCAUGCCGUAGGGCUUCAGCCAAGAAAAUCACUGCAGUGAUUCCAUACUUUGGAUAUGCUAGAGCUGAUAGAAAGACACAAGGACGUGAGUCCAUUGCUGCCAAAUUAAUUGCAAACAUUAUAACCGAAGCUGGUGCAGAUCGUGUUCUGGCUUGUGACCUUCAUUCUGGGCAAUCCAUGGGUUACUUUGACAUUCCAGUUGAUCAUGUAUACUGUCAGCCGGUUGUUCUUGAUUAUCUUGCCAGCAAAAAGAUUUGCUCAGAUGAUUUGGUAGUGGUCUCUCCUGAUGUUGGAGGAGUUGCUAGAGCACGUGCUUUUGCGAAAAAGUUAUCUGAUGCACCUCUAGCCAUUGUGGACAAAAGGAGACAAGGGCACAAUGUUGCUGAGGUUAUGAAUCUGAUUGGUGAUGUCAAAGGAAAAGUUGCAGUUAUGGUUGAUGAUAUGAUUGACACCGCAGGGACAAUCGCCAAAGGUGCAGCCCUGUUACAUGAGGAGGGAGCAAGGGAAGUAUAUGCAUGCUGUACACACGCUGUUCUCAGCCCACCUGCAAUCGAGAGGUUGUCUAGUGGCUUAUUUCAAGAGGUCAUUACCACCAACACAAUUCCCAUAACAGAAAAGAAUUAUUUUCCACAACUGACCGUUCUUUCAGUAGCAAACCUGCUCGGAGAAACCAUUUGGCGAGUACAUGAUGAAUCUUCAGUGAGCAGCAUAUUUCAGUGAUGAAGAAGAAAAAAAAUAGGUGAUGUAAAAUACUCACAUAACCCAGUAUUUACCUACUUGUUUGCAUCGCUCUAAUUCCUUUGGAAUGAAGAACCAAGCCACCAGUUUGCCAUCUAAAUGAACUUUUUUUUUCCAACUUGAUACAUCUUUUUUGGCCUUUUCUUCAUCCCAAUAUAGAGAAAAUAUGUCCUUUAUACAUUGAUAGAUGAUAAAAAGGCUAGUUCAAGGUCUGACAUCUUAGGUCACUGUCCAAGCGAUGAAGUUGUCAAACUGCAGGCCAAGAAUAUGUUUUUUUGUUGAUGGUGCCUAUAUUCUGUUAUGGAUUAAAGUUGGAGGCUUUGGAGGCAGAUCAAGCUCCAUCUCAAUUACAUAGAUUUACUUGAAUUGGAUAGAACUCUCUUUUGUAUAUCAAGAAUUGACAUGUGGAUUUGAGAUCAAAUUUUGUGGUGCUUUUGCUAAUGUUGCUAACGAUUUUGCUUCUAACCAUACGAUUUUGAAUUUUUAAGCAUAGGGGUGAAGUUCUUGUUAUAGAUAAUUUAAUGAGGCACACUAUGUGGAAAUAUUCAGGGAAAGAACUUUUA